AUGCUUUACGCUGAAGACGAUAAGCUCAUCUACCGGUUUGAUGACCACAUUCUUUGGAUCCAGCCAUGGAGCGAGAAUGCUUUUCGUAUAAGAGCCACGAAGUUGGCGUCUAUGCCCUCGGAAGAUUGGGCGCUAUCCGCAAAGCCGAGCACGCAGCAGGCGAUCAUUGAAACCCCCGCCGGCAAAGAGGCAAGCAUUUCCAAUGGCAAAAUCAAGGCGGUUGUCUCCCAGCGAGGCAAGAUCACAAUCUACAACUCCAAUGGUAAAAGGAUCCUGGAAGAAUAUGCCCGUCAUCGUCGUGAUCCAAUGGACCCAAAGUGCAGCGCCCUCGAGAUUGAAGCGCGUGAGCUCCGACCAAUUCUAGGAGGAGAUUACCAUCUCACGAUGCGAUUGGAGUCGCUAGACCCGAAGGAAAAGAUCUACGGUAUGGGCCAGUAUCAGCAGCCGUAUCUGAAUCUCAAGGGAGCCGACUUGGAGUUGGGACAUCGGAAUUCCCAAGCUAGCGUUCCGUUUGCUCUCUCCUCUCUUGGCUAUGGUCUUUUGUGGAACAACCCCGGGAUCGGAAGAGCCGUCCUCGGAACAAAUACCAUGAGCUUUGAGGCAUAUUCGACGAAGGUCCUCGACUACUGGGUCGUUGCGGGUGAUACGCCGGCGGAGAUCGAAGAAGCAUAUUGUAAAGUGACGGGCUAUGUCCCGAUGAUGCCAGAGUACGGUCUGGGAUUCUGGCAGUGCAAACUCMGCUAUUGGAACCAGGAGCAGUUGCUCAACGUCGCGCGAGAGCACAAGCGACGCAAUGUUCCUUUGGAUGUCAUUGUAGUUGACUUCUUUCACUGGAAGCACCAAGGGGAGUGGAGUUUUGAUCCCGAAUUUUGGCCGGACCCAGAGGCAAUGGUGAAAGAACUCAAAGAAAUGAAGGUGGAGCUCAUGGUCUCCAUCUGGCCGACGGUCGAGAACCUAUCCGAAAACUACCCGGAGAUGCUCGAACGCGGUCUGCUGAUCAGACAUGACCGCGGCCUUCGAGUAGCUAUGCAGUGUGACGGCGACGUCACGCAUUUCGACGCGACGAACCCCGAGGCCCGCAAAUAUAUCUGGGAAAAGGCGAAGAAAAACUACUACGACAAAGGGAUCAAGAUCUUCUGGCUUGAUGAAGCCGAGCCUGAAUACUCGAUCUACGACUUUGACAUUUACCGCUACCAGGCUGGCAGCAACCUCCAGAUCGGCAACAUCUUCCCCAGGGAAUAUGCGCGGGCCUUUUACGAAGGCAUGGAGGCCGAGGGACAGAAGAACAUUGUCAACCUGCUCCGGUGCGCCUGGGCUGGCAGCCAGAAGUACGGCGCUCUCGUCUGGAGCGGCGACAUCGCGUCGUCGUGGGGUUCCUUCCGCAACCAGCUGGCCGCGGGCCUGAACAUGGGCCUCGCAGGGAUCCCGUGGUGGACGACGGACAUCGGAGGCUUCCACGGGGGCAACCCCGCUGAUCCCGCGUUCCGGGAACUCUUCACCCGGUGGUUCCAAUGGGGUACGUUUUGUCCCGUGAUGCGUCUGCACGGUGACCGGGAGCCCAAGCCUGAAGGCCAGCCGACUGCUCCUGGCGGUGACAAUGAAAUUUGGUCCUAUGGCGAGGAGGUGUAUGAGAUCUGCAAGAAUUACAUCAACAUCCGUGAGGAACUGCGGGACUACACGAGGAGCCUGAUGAAAGAGGCGCAUGAGAAGGGCACGCCGGUCAUUCGGACUUUAUUCUAUGAGUUCCCCGAGGACAAGAAGGCCUGGGAGGUUGAGACGCAGUAUCUGUUUGGGUCCAAGUAUCUUGUUGCGCCAGUCCUUGAGGCCGGACAGCGAAAGAUCACGGUGUAUCUACCCGCAGGAGCUUCAUGGACGCUAAUGGGGGAGGAAACUGAUCGUCCAGGAGGGCAGGAUGUUGAGGUUGCAUGUCCCAUUGAGACGAUGCCAGUUUUUGUCAGGGUGUAG